CUCCCUUCCUUCUUUCUCCCUCCGCCACCCGAGCACCAGCCGCGCUCUGAGCUGCCCCCGGGGUCCCUCCCCCGCCGCCAGAGGAGCAGCUGCCGCCGCCGCCGCCGCCAGCAGCAAAUUGGGAGGGAGGAACGGGCGAAAGGAGGAAGGAAGGGAGCCAGGGCGACUAACCAGAGGGAGCCGGUGAAUGGGCUGGUGGUGACCCCCGCUCCCCACCCCACCCUCCCUUCCCACCCGACCCCCAACCCCCAUCCCCAGUUAGAGCCGCCGCCCCAGAGGCCGGACCGUCGUCUUAGGAGGAGUAGCCGCUGCCACCUCCGCCAUGGAGCUGAUCACCAUCCUCGAGAAGACCGUGUCUCCGGAUCGGCUGGAACUGGAAGCGGCGCAGAAGUUCCUGGAGCGUGCGGCCGUGGAAAACCUGCCCACUUUCCUUGUGGAACUGUCCAGAGUGCUAGCAAAUCCAGGAAACAGUCAAGUUGCCAGAGUUGCAGCAGGUCUACAAAUCAAGAACUCUUUGACAUCUAAAGAUCCAGAUAUCAAGGCACAAUAUCAGCAGAGGUGGCUUGCAAUUGAUGCUAAUGCUCGACGGGAAGUCAAGAAUUAUGUUUUGCAGACUUUGGGCACAGAAACCUACCGGCCUAGUUCAGCCUCGCAGUGUGUGGCUGGCAUUGCUUGUGCAGAGAUCCCAGUGAACCAGUGGCCAGAACUCAUUCCUCAGCUGGUGGCCAAUGUCACAAAUCCCAACAGCACAGAGCACAUGAAAGAGUCGACAUUGGAAGCUAUUGGUUACAUUUGCCAAGAUAUCGACCCAGAGCAGCUACAAGAUAAAUCCAAUGAGAUUCUGACUGCCAUAAUUCAGGGGAUGAGGAAAGAAGAGCCUAGUAAUAAUGUGAAGCUAGCAGCUACUAACGCACUCCUGAACUCAUUGGAGUUCACCAAAGCUAACUUUGACAAAGAGUCCGAAAGGCACUUUAUUAUGCAGGUGGUUUGUGAAGCCACACAGUGUCCAGAUACGAGGGUUCGAGUGGCUGCCUUACAGAAUCUGGUGAAAAUAAUGUCCUUGUAUUAUCAGUACAUGGAGACAUACAUGGGUCCUGCUCUUUUUGCAAUCACAAUUGAAGCAAUGAAAAGUGAUAUUGAUGAAGUGGCCCUACAAGGGAUAGAAUUCUGGUCCAAUGUCUGUGAUGAGGAAAUGGAUUUGGCCAUUGAGGCUUCAGAGGCAGCAGAACAAGGACGGCCCCCUGAGCACACCAGCAAGUUUUAUGCCAAGGGAGCACUACAGUACCUGGUUCCAAUCCUCACACAGACACUAACUAAACAGGAUGAAAAUGAUGAUGACGACGACUGGAAUCCCUGCAAAGCAGCCGGGGUGUGCAUCAUGCUUCUGGCCACCUGCUGUGAAGAUGACAUUGUCCCCCAUGUCCUCCCCUUCAUUAAAGAACACAUCAAGAACCCUGAUUGGCGGUACCGGGAUGCAGCAGUGAUGGCUUUUGGCUGUAUCUUGGAAGGACCAGAGCCCAAUCAGCUCAAACCACUAGUUAUCCAGGCUAUGCCCACCCUAAUAGAAUUAAUGAAAGACCCCAGUGUAGUUGUGCGAGAUACAACAGCAUGGACUGUGGGCAGAAUUUGUGAACUGCUCCCUGAAGCUGCCAUCAAUGACGUCUACUUGACUCCCCUGCUGCAGUGUCUGAUCGAGGGCCUCAGUGCUGAACCCAGAGUGGCUUCAAAUGUGUGCUGGGCUUUCUCUAGUCUGGCUGAAGCUGCUUAUGAAGCUGCAGACGUAGCCGAUGAUCAGGAAGAACCAGCUACCUAUUGCUUGUCGUCUUCUUUUGAACUAAUAGUUCAGAAGCUCCUGGAGACCACGGACAGACCUGAUGGACACCAGAACAAUCUGAGGAGUUCUGCAUAUGAAUCUCUGAUGGAAAUUGUGAAAAACAGUGCCAAGGAUUGUUACCCUGCAGUUCAGAAAACUACUCUAGUCAUCAUGGAGCGACUUCAGCAAGUACUUCAGAUGGAGUCACAUAUCCAGAGCACAUCGGAUAGGAUCCAGUUCAAUGACCUUCAGUCUUUACUCUGCGCAACUCUUCAGAAUGUUCUCCGGAAAGUGCAACAUCAAGAUGCUUUGCAGAUCUCUGAUGUCGUCAUGGCUUCCCUGUUAAGGAUGUUCCAAAGCACGGCUGGGUCAGGGGGAGUUCAAGAGGAUGCCCUAAUGGCAGUUAGCACACUAGUGGAAGUGUUGGGUGGUGAAUUCCUAAAGUACAUGGAGGCCUUUAAACCCUUCCUGGGCAUUGGAUUGAAAAACUAUGCUGAGUACCAGGUUUGCUUGGCAGCAGUGGGCUUGGUGGGAGACCUGUGCCGUGCGCUGCAGUCCAGCAUCCUGCCCUUCUGCGACGAGGUGAUGCAGCUGCUGCUGGAAAACUUGGGGAAUGAAAAUGUCCACAGGUCUGUGAAGCCACAGAUUCUGUCAGUGUUUGGUGAUAUUGCCCUUGCUAUUGGUGGAGAGUUUAAGAAAUACCUAGAGGUUGUAUUGAAUACUCUUCAGCAGGCUUCCCAAGCCCAGGUGGACAAGUCAGACUAUGACAUGGUGGAUUAUCUGAAUGAACUAAGGGAAAGCUGCUUGGAAGCCUAUACCGGAAUUGUCCAGGGAUUAAAGGGAGACCAGGAGAACGUACACCCGGAUGUGAUGCUCGUACAACCCAGAGUAGAAUUUAUUCUGUCUUUCAUUGACCACAUUGCUGGGGAUGAGGAUCACACAGACGGAGUAGUAGCUUGUGCUGCUGGACUGAUAGGGGACUUAUGUACAGCAUUUGGGAAGGAUGUCCUGAAAUUAGUAGAAGCUAGGCCAAUGAUCCAUGAACUGUUAACUGAAGGACGGAGAUCGAAGACUAACAAAGCAAAAACCCUUGCUACAUGGGCAACAAAAGAACUGAGGAAACUGAAGAACCAAGCUUGAUCUUGUUACCAUUGGGAUGAUAACCUGAGACCCCCACUGGAAAUCUCCAAUCUUUUGAAAAACCCGGAAGUGAGGAGUGUGCACGGAUGCUGAAUGUUUGGGAAUGAAAGGAUGAGUGAGUGAGGCUUGAAAACACACCACAUUGAAAAUCCUGCCACAGCAGCAGCCGCAGCCACCAACAGCAGUGCUGUUAGUGAGCUAAGUAAGCACUGACUUCGUAGAAAACCAUAACGUCGGCCAUCUUGGAAGAGAGAAUAACUGAUGGAUUUACUUAC